AGUUCACUCACUCUACAGGCCAGGAAAGAGUUGUGUGUUGUUGGGGUCCCCUCCGCUCCUCGUAGGGGUCCCAGGGCAGGCCGGGGGACCAAGCAGGGACCAUGCCCGUGUUGGCACCCCCGGCUGAUCGCAGCCAGGACGCCCGCAUUGGGGCCCCAGCAUGGCGCGAGGAAGUUCAGGCCAUGGCGAGGGCCGCGCACAUUCUGACCGACCGCUGCGGGCAGGAGGCGGUGACCAUGUGGCAGCCCAAGGACACUGUGCUGGACCCGAACCUGGCGCACCACCUCGGCCGCGCCGCCUACAUCCAGCCCUGGCGCUUCCGCGUGGAGAUGCUCAAAGGCGGCGGCACCUUGGAGAAGCCGCCACCCGGCGAGGGCGUCACGCUUUGGAAGGGCAAGAUGAAGCCUCCGGCUUGGUAUGCCCGCCUGCCGCUGCCCCUGCACCGCCAAGCGCGCGCCCUGCAGACUGCCGAGAUGGUGCACGCGCACGCGCGUGGAGCGCGCCUCACCGCCGCCCGCCUCGGCCGCGCGCAGCACCAGAUUAACGGGCAGGUGCGACAGCUGCUGCGCCAGCGCGAGGUCACCGACCACAGGCUCAGCGAAGUGCGCAAGGGUCUGCUUAUUAACCAGCAGAGCGUCAAGCUGCGGGGCUACAGGCCCAAGUCUGAGAAGGUCCCUGACAAGGCUGAUAGUAUGCUUACAUGGGAGAAGGAGGAGCUGAAAAGCAUGAAGAGGAAAAUGGAGAGAGAUAUGGAAAAAUCAGAGGUCCUACUCAAGACCCUGGCCUCCUGCCGAGACACCCUGGCCUUCUGCUUCAAGGAGCGGCUCCAAGCCGUGGACCUGAUGAACCAGCCUCUGGACAAGAUUCUGGAGCAGGCCGGACGCCACUCAUGGGUGGACCUCUCCCGGGCCCCCACCCCACGCACGCAGGGUCAAAAAACGCCUCCUCCAGACCCUGUGGGCACCUAUACCCCAGCGUGCGCCGCCGCGCUAAACGAAGCCAAGCGGUUGUUGGUCGAGUCCAAGGACACCUUGGUGGAAAUGGCAAAAAACGAGGCGGACGUCGGGAAGCAACACCUGCAGAUAAGCGACCGCGUGUGUGCCUCACUGGCGCAGAAGGCAAGCGAGACCUUGGAGCUGAAGGAAAGAUUAAAUAUGACAUUAGGACUGAUGAGGGGAACUAUCCACCGGUGCACGAAAUACAGCCAAGAGAUGCACACCACCUGCGGUCUCAUCAAGGGUCCUCUGUGGAAAGGUCACGUGGAGGCUGGAGAAAAGCUGGACAGACCGCUGGUUCGCAUGUACCAGAGGCACGUGGGCACCCAACUCCCCGAGGCUACGCGCCUCGCACAGGGCACCAACAAGGUGCAGCGCCACAUCACGCAUGUGGAAAAGAACCUGGACGAGCUGCUGGCCACGCACAGGAACCUCACCUGGGGCCUCAACUGCAAGAACGUCGGGCUUGAGGUGGACCACAGCGUGGUGCGCCUGCGCCUGCGCCAGCGGCACCCGCGCGUUUGCUACGAGCAGGCGCAGCGCCUGGUUAAGUACUGGGACCCGUCCUCGCCGCCGCCGCCGCGCAGCAAAAGCGGCGCCGACCCUUAGUCACCCCAGCGUCCCCCGCCCCAGCCAGCUGGUUGGUUGCUGGCGGGAACUUCGGAGAGCAGACACAGCCCAAUGGCCUUCCCACUCCCUUGAAGCACCCUCCCUCCAAGCGCCCUCUAGGACAAUUAUAAUUAAAAAUAACAAUAAUUA